GCUUGUCAGUUGUACCCGUUAUCUCCUUCUAUUGGGCUCAUGUGACAUGUUAUCUUUUCUUUACAUCCAGAGAUACGAGCUCAGUUGAUGGAGCAGCUGAAAUGUUUAGAUCAGCAGUGUGACUUGCGCACUCAACUCCUCCAGGAUCUACAGGAUUUUUUCCGCAAGAAAGCAGAGAUAGAGAUGGACUAUUCUCGAAACCUGGAGAAGCUUACUGAACGUUUCCUAUCUAAGACCCGUGGAGCCAAAGAUCAGCAGUUCAAGAAGGAUCAGAAUGUCCUGUCUCCAGUGAACUGUUGGAACCUUCUUCUCACCCAGGUGAAGAGGGAGAGCCGGGACCAUGCCACCUUAAGUGAUAUUUAUCUGAACAAUAUUAUUCCUCGUUUUGGCCAAGUUGGAGAGGACUCUGGACGGCUCUUCAAGAAGAGUAAAGAAAUCGGCCUGCAGCUUCACGAGGACCUUAUGAAAGUGUUAAAUGAGCUUUACACAGUGAUGAAGACUUAUCACAUGUAUAAUGCUGACAGCAUCAGCGCCCAGAGCAAGCUGAAAGAGGCAGAAAAGCAGGAGGAGAAGCAGAUGAGCCGGUCGGUGAAACAAGAGGAUCGUCAAACACCUCGUUCCCCUGACACUGCAGCCACUGUUCGAUUAGAAGAGAAACACAUAAGGCGCAGCUCUGUUAGGAAGAUUGAGAAGAUGAAGGAGAAGCGUCAGGCAAAAUACACAGAGAACAAAGUCAAGGCUAUCAAGGCCAGGAAUGAGUAUGUGCUGGCACUGGAAGCCACCAACGCGUCGGUCUUCAAAUACUAUAUCCACGACUUAUCAGACCUCAUUGAUUGCUGUGACUUGGGUUACCACUCCAGUCUUCAUCGUGCUCUACGCACCUUCCUCUCUGCCGAGUUUAAUCUGCAGCACUCCAAACAGGAGGGACUAGAAACUUUAGAGAAUGCCACGGAAAAUCUAGAUGCCUCAGCAGACAAGCAGCGCCUAAUGGAGUCCUCCAAUACUGUCUUCUGCCCUCCUGUGAGGUUCGAGUUCCAACCACACAUGGGUGAUACGAUGUCUCAGCUCUGUGCUCAGCAGCCUCUGCAGGGGGAGCUGGCUCAAAGGUGUCAGCAGCUGCAGUGCCGUCUGUCCACUCUGCAGAUAGAGAAUGAGGAGGUUAAAAAGACCAUGGAAGCCACGCUGCAGACUAUACAGGACAUGGUGACCGUAGAGGACUUUGAUGUAUCAGACUGCUUUCAAUAUAGCAACUCCAUGGAAUCUGUAAAGUCCACAGUAUCGGAGACCUACAUGAGCAAACCCAGCAUUGCCAAGCGCCGUGCCAACCAGCAGGAGACCGAACAGUUCUAUUUCACAAAGAUGAAGGAAUUCCUGGAGGGGCGAAAUCUGAUUACCAAACUGAAAGCCAAGCAUGACAUGCUGCAGAAGAGCCUGGGAGAGUGUCAGCGGACAGAUUGUUCUCUUGCCAGUGGUCGUAGAAUGUCCACCCUACGGAAACAGGAUUCAAAGCAACCUAUCCCACUUAUGGUAGAAAGCUGCAUACGAUUUCUCAGCCGUCAUGGUCUCCAGCAUGAGGGGAUAUUUCGAGUGUCUGGUUCUCAGGUGGAAGUGAAUGAUAUAAAGAAUGCUUUUGAACGAGGGGAAGACCCACUAGAGGAAGAUCAGAAUGAUCAUGAUUUGGACUCUGUUGCUGGGGUCCUCAAACUCUAUUUUAGGGGGCUCACAACUCCACUCUUUCCAAAGGAAAUCUUCCAUGACCUCCUAAGCUGUGUCUCAAUGGAGAAUAUGCAAGAACGUGCUUCCCACAUCCGCAGGGUCCUGCUCUGCCUUCCUUCUCCCACUCUGGUUCUUAUGAGAUACCUCUUUGCCUUCCUUAAUCACCUCUCUCAGUUUAGUGAUGAUAACAUGAUGGACCCCUACAACCUGGCCAUCUGCUUUGGUCCCACCCUGAUGUGCGUACCUGACAAUCAAGACCAGGUUUCCUGCCAGUCACACGUCAACGAGCUGAUCAAGACAAUUAUCAUGCAGCAUGAAAGCAUCUUUCCUGGGGCACGUGAACUGGAAGGACCUACCUAUGUGCCAGGAACAAUAAGUGAAGACUGUGAGAGUUCUCAUAGUGAACCAAUCUCAGUAGAAGACUCGGCACUGGAUAUCACAGCCGAGACACACAGCUCAGAAGAUGGGUGUCAUCCCAACAGCACAGGAAGUGGAUACGGCAGCAGACGGAUUACUGCAACUGGAAGUGAAGACCCUCCCAGCGAGAGAUCUAGCCCCCGAUCUGAGCCAGAGCAAAAUACAGAGUCAUUACAAGAGGAGAAGAUCAUGGCUAGAGCUAGCCUCAGCUGCCCCACUGGGAGUCAUGUAGCAGAUAUUUACCUUGCUAAUAUUAACAAACAAAGGAAGAGGCCUGAGUCUGGUAGCAUCCGGAGAACUUUUCGCCAGAGUGAUAGUGUCUCAAGUUCUGACACCUCGGAACCAGCAUCUCCAGGUGGAGCAGUACGACCAGCAUCUCAGCCAACCAUGAGCCAAAGCUUCUCCAGGGAGGCUCCAGACCGCUGCUCUAUCAGUGGCCAUGGCACAGUCAGCAGCAUAAGCAGGCACUCGUCUCUUAAGAACAGAGUGGAUAGUCCCCAAAUACGUAAAGCAAUGAUUGCAGGAAGGUCAAAGAGCUUCAAUAAUCAUCGUCCAUUGGACCCAGAGGUCAUUGCUCAGGAUAUUGAAGCCACCAUGAACUCUGCCCUUAAUGAGCUUCGGGAGUUAGAGCGCCAAAGCAGUGCAAAACAUGCCCCUGAUGUGGUACUUGACACCCUGGAGCCCCUCAAGACCUCUCCAGUGGCUGCCCCCAAUUCUGAGCCUUCCAGUCCCCUUCAUGCUCAAUCCUUGAGGGAUGUGGAACCUGGCUUCCAGCGCAGCUCGAGCUCUGCAAGUGACAUCUCCUGUCCUUUCCGUACCGCCAAAUCUGUGCGCCUGCCACCAUCGAGGCCCCCAGCCACACGCCCUAAGCCUACUAUGUUCACUAAAUCUGGACCCCAAAACUCCGGAGCAGCUGGGUCUACAUCUGGUCAGCAGCCUCCUGACAAGUCAUGUCCUGUGUGAUAGACUGCGAUAGGGGUCAUCACUGUGAAUUAAAUGUUACAGUCAGUGUGUACAUAGUGACUAAAGUGUUCAGGGGAGUUGGGGGGGGCGAUGGAUUUAAAGGCCUGCCUAUAAAUGGACAGCUACACUGGGAACAAACUGAAAAUGACCUUCUCAUGUAGGAUCAAAUUGAGCCAAUGAUGGGCAUGAUCAACCCCAAAAGAGACAAGGUGAUCUACUGACAGUGACAUGGUUAAUGAAUUCCAGGGUCAGUCAUCUGCAGUGGCUUAUCAACCUGCAUUGAAAAUAUUGCUGAAAGUCUGAAUAUAUUCCUGUGGAACUCACCGUACUGUUGCCUUUGUUUUAGUUUAGUUCUAAUUUAUUCAUGCAUCUUUCCUGUCUGACAGAUAGUUAUCUGAUUAGGUGAUAAUUUCAGAUUAUAAAGUAGGUCAAAUAAAUAAAAUAUCCAAAUAUUUCUACGA